UUAAACCCAUGUCUUCCUGCCUUUGCCAUCAUCCACUAACAAAGCGUGUCAAACCUCCCUCCCUCUCUCUCUCUCGAGUGGCGUCCUAAUAGCUGCUUCUUCUCUUCUCUCUACCUUCUUCUUCGGUCAGCUCUCUCAAGCAAAAGCGAAGGGCCAUGGAGGGCCUCAUCCCGUUCAUCUACAGGGCCGUGGCGCAGUACAGGAAGGAGGGCCAGGUCUCCCUCGCCGACCUCCUCUUCGACGACCCCUCCUCCUCGCCGACGGCCACCUCGGCCUACUUCCGUCUCCCCGGAGACUCCGGCCGGCACCAGCUCUUCUCGGCCGACUACGGUACGGCGGCGCGGCGGUCUCCCGCGCACCGUCGGCUCACCAUGGAGCACGGAUCGUGGUGACCGACCGUGGAUGAUGCGACGCCGAUUGCUGAGGAGCUGCGAGUAUUGUUGGCCUAGCUAAGCUAAUACGAGCUGCAAAACUAGCAGUUUGUGUGUGUUAUGCAUGCAUGUAUUUGUGUUUCAGUUAAGCUUGUAAAAUGAUCGGUCCGUGAGUCGGUGAGUAUCAACUGUAAAUAAUUAUGGGAUGCAUAAGCGCAGGACCUCCGAAGGAGGCCCUGCCUGUGAAGAAGAUGUAUGUAUAGUGUCGGAGUGCAUACGUGGAGUGUAAUAUGGCAAUAAAAGGUUUACCAUGUAUUUACACAAGACAGAAGACAGAAGGUUAUAACA